UUUAGCUAGUUUCGAGGUGAUAGGAACUGUGCCAGUGCCCUCACAAAUGCGACGACCUGGUACCGAUGGAGGCGCGCACCGACCUCUUCAACCAUUUCUACGGCUUGGGCGAGGCCGACGGCCAGAACCUGUUCCUCAGGAUGCACAUGGACCUUAGGGCGCGCACGAACGUACCUGAAACGACCGGGAGCGGCAGGCCGCCUCGGAGGAUCACCUGCAAGUACCUAGUACCCAUAUUAAACGAAGGCAGAACUGUGGAAGUGUGUCAGAAAGCUUUCGUCAGCGCCUUCGUCAUAACCACGAAGCGGGUGAGAUUGCAAAGGGAAAAACUGAUCGCCAGCCUGGGACUGAACAGUUACCGCAGCCACAACAGGAGCAAGAAAGAAAAGGAUGAUAAAAGCAUCGCGAUGAUGGCCAAAGCAGCCGCCGCCGCAUCGGACACUUCCAUCGACAACAACAACGACAGCCUCACUCUCAACAACAACACCAUAACGUUGAACACCUUGAAAUCGAAAUUCCACUUGCCUUCGAACCUCAGCGUCAUCAUGCCAAGGUGCUUGUUUUACGAAAUGAGCAGAUUCAUUUAUCCGACAAAAAGGCCACUGUUUUUGUUCUUCAAGUCGACUUUCGACCAAAACCCCAGAUCAAUGCCACCAACUAUUACCACAAAUAAUAACAACAACAACAAUGUUACCAACUACGGCCACAGUAAGUCGGUUCUGGAAUCGAACUCGGCGAAAAAACUGGCCAGCAUCCUGGGUAAGAAGUCCUUGGAGGAGCUAAAGGAGUUAAACAUUUCCUUGGAGAAGGACUCUAGCACGGAUUCCGAUAGAGACGAUGGAUUCCUCAGGGCUCCUCCUCUUAAGAAGGCGCGGUUUGUCAAAAGACAACGAAACAACAAUAUGAUGGAUAAUCCGCUGAUUCCUUUCGGCCUCAUCGUGCCAGAUGGCGUGACCAUCGCGCCCGUGUUCGGACCGGAAAACGACAACGCCAUGGCCAUCGUCAACAACUUCUUCAACAACCAGCUGUGGAAGCCCGAAUACAUCGGCGCCUAUUCGUGAUAACACACAAAUGUGACAUCAUUGGCAACGCCGCGAGGUGCCUUAAACACGUAAAACGGUAGGGGGAGGAAAGGUAGAGAGGAAAGAGAUUUUUUCGGACACAAAGAUCGGAUUUAGUAAAAUAUACAUACACUCAACCGAGCGAUCUCAGUAGUAAAGUACAAAACAAAAAAAACAUCUGUAAAUAUUUAAAUUAUCGAUGUCCGUCCGUCCAGACGCUGUUGUCUGUCCUUUCCCCGCUAUUAUAGGUGAUUUUCAAAAAAGGUCCAAUCGUCUCUCAGGACAUUUAAAAAAACUGUUCUACUUAUUAGGUUAUAUAUACAUAAUUUUUUAAAUAAGAAUAUAAGGGAAUAGAGUAGUUAGGACGAAGUACUUUACUUUAGGGGCUUUUGGAUUUGAUUUGAGACACGUGAUAUAGAUAAAAUUCUACACGAUUUUGUUGUACCAUAGCAUAUGACAGAAAGGCUAUAAAUUUCGUACUCUUAAAUCAUACAGGGUGUUCAAAAUUCUACACCAAACUUUCUAAAUUAUAAAAUAGUUUUUCUUUGUUUUUUUUUACAUCCUGUAUAUUAUUUUUUACUAGUUGAUGCCUGGCGCAUCCGCCACGACAUCAGGAAAAAAAAUACUUUUUAUUUUUUUUAAUUAAAA